AUGGUCAAAGAUGAGAAAGAGCCAACCCUCCUAAUUUAUGAUGGUCAUAGCACGCACGUGCAACUGGCUGUGGUCAAAAUGGCGAAACAAAAUAAUAUCACCAUUAUUAAAUUGCCACCACACACAAGUCACCUUCUUCAACCACUUGAUCUAUGCGUAUUCAAACCUUAUAAAGACGCUUGGGAUCAGGAAAUGGUUAAAUGGCAACGCACACAUAAGGGCGAAAAGUUACCUAAGGAUCAGUUUUCAGCGAUAGUGGGAAGAGUUUGGAAAAAUCUUAAUUCCAAUGUUAUAAAAAAAGGGUUCGAAAAAAGCGGAAUUUAUCCAUUUAACAGAAAAGCUGUAACGGAAUAUAAACUAGACCCAGAAGCCCUAAAACGAUGGAAAAAACACCAUGAAACCUUAUCGAAAAAACAAACACUCGCUCGUAGUUCACCAUUAACCUUAACCAAAUUAUGCCUGAAUAAAAUUAACUCUUGUAUUAAAUUAAACUCGAAUCCAGUCACCAUUUUGCCAAAAAUCGUUAGUUCAAAAUCUUCUGAGAAAAUAUCUUUUGAAGAUUUAUUAAUACAAUCUACCAAACAAUCGCAAACUGCCAAUGUCAAGAAAAAGAUAGUAAAAAUUUCCGCAAGUGCAGAGGUGAUAACGCAUCAGGACGUCAUUGAAAGAUUGAAACAGAAGGAAGACGAUAAAGCCAAAAAAGAACAAGAAAAAGAUGAAAAACGAAAGCAACGAGAGCAACGAGACCAAAAAAAGAAAAUUAUAAUAAGUAAACAAAAUGAGAAAAUUGAUAAAGUAAAAGUAAAGAAAAUUGACGAAAAGAGUAAAAAUAUAAGACUGACAAAAAACAAACAAUCGCAUGUUACUGACCCACCAAGCUCGGAAGUAACUCUUUCUGAAAUAAUAUCACCUAAUUCAGACUUGAACGUCCGUGACCCAAUUCAUUUUUUACAAGACGAUUCUUCAAUACUUAAUUGCCAUGCAAGCACCUCAAAAUUACCACCGCCACUGACUUCAAAAACAAAAAUUGCUAUUUUAGAAGACAGAUAUUUAAAAGUUGAUGAAAAACUGACCAAAGAUAUUUUUACAGGACAUAAAAUGAAACGACCAGCAGACUUUACUUUACAGGGCACUGAUGAAAUACAUACUUCAAAACAAAUUAAAUAUGAAAAACAAAACAAUCCCAUCAAAAUAAAAACGAAAAAAAAGCAAAAUAAAAUUAAGAUAGAAGAAGAUUUAGAAGAAGACAGUGACUUUACGAUUCAUGAUUCAGAUGGUUCAGAUAUGGACCUAGAAAGUUACUGUAAUAUUUACCUAACAGAAUAUAAAUCAGAUGAUGAAGAAAACGUAUAUACGGAUUUUGGACUCACCGAUAUCGAGUAUUAUGAAAAUACAUCAAACAAAUUAAAGAAAGUGAUAAAAUACGUACGAAAAACUCAAACAAAACAAAGAGGUUUGCUUUUUGUCUAUCCUAAUGUGGACGACAUAUGUGAGUUGAAACAUGUUGCAGAUAUUGUGUCAGUUUUGCCGAAACCCACAAUAACACGUCGUGGCCAAAUAUCCUUCAGUAUUAAUAUCGGUAAAUUUAAUUUACACCAAACCUGCAGACAUUUUUAUUUAAAUACAGCAGUUUUUACUUUUUAUAAAAAAAAAGAGCAUUAA